AUGGCAACUAAGAAGCAAUUGGAAAAUAUGUUCACAACCAACGUCAAGCAGAUGAAUUGGAAAUCAAUGCAAAAGUCCAAAUCACCAGAAAUGCUCUUCGUCGGCAGAUCAAACGUCGGGAAAUCCAGUCUUCUCAAUAGUCUUCUCUCAACCAAAGACAUGGUAAAGACGAGCAGACACGCAGGUCAAACAAAGCACUUAAAUUACUUUUCACUUAAUGGAAAAUUCACCCUCGUGGAUGCACCAGGAUAUGGCGGUAUGGGUAGAGAUAGUUGGGGUGGAAUAGUGGAAGAAUACAUUGAAACGCGUUCGAAUCUGAAUCGUGUUGUGGUUCUAAUCAAUGCUAUGCAUGGUUUACUAGACAGUGAUCACUAUUUCCUAAACUAUCUAAACAAACAAAGAGAAGAAUAUGGCGUACGUUGGUUAUAUCAAUUGGCGUUUACAAAAUCAGAUAUGGUUCCUAAGCCCGUUUUAGAGGAGUAUGUUGGAAAUGUGGAGAUGGAGUUAUGCAGACGAUAUCCAACACUGACACCACCAAUACACAUGGUAUCAAUUAAGGAUCCCUUAUCAAUAUUCAAGUUGAGACGGGGUCUGCUUGAGUAG